AUGCUCGAGAAAGUUGUGCCAAUCCCGUUCUUGGGCAAAGAGGUCUCGGGUUGGCUCUACCGCACUACGCGUUGGAUGCGCAAGCACCCGUACAGGGCGACCUCCAUCUUACUCGCGUGCGUUGGCAGCUCCAUACUCUACGAAGCGCAAGUGACGCACAGGAAUCGCAUGCCAUCUCCUAACGUCAACAACCACCUUGAAUAUCAGCUGAAGGAGGCCUCGCUGUGGGAGCGGUGGCUCCGUUGUGCCAGCACCACCCAGCAGGGCGUGAAGGGUACGCAAGCGGCGGCACUCGAGGAUCCAGGCGACAUGCCGGUGCCAGAGGACGUCGUGCGGCAGCAGCGGUUGGCGCAGCGCACCAUUGCCGAUGCUGAGCGGCUGCUCGCAACCACCACCGAUCCUGAAGAGCGCCAGUCCUUGAAGGAGAUCAUUGAGCAUGAGAAGAAGCUGAUGGUGGGCGUCAACAACACCACGAUGUUGAUACGCAGCGGCCAACUCGAAGUGCGUGCCCCGCACUGGGAGAUUCGCAACAACGAGCGGAACUGGAGCAUUCUGUCGCGUGACCAGCAGCAGCAGAAAGACCACUACUGGUACCGCCUCGAGCGCAGUCGUGAGGAUGAUUUUGCGCGCAACACCUACUCCUCGCCGUAA